AUGAAUUAUAUUUUAUUAACACGAAUGUAUAGUUCUUCUACGUUACCCACAGUACAAAAGAGUGCAAAGUUAAUCAGAAAUGAAUUUUUGGAUUAUUUUAAAAAUGAUUUGGGGCAUACAUUUAUUCGAUCAAGCCCUGUUCUUUCGUUUAAUGAUCAUACAAUUGCAUUCAUUAAUGCUGGCAUGAAUCAAUUUAAAGGGAUUUUCUUAAAUUAUUAUGAUCCACCUGCAAUGAAAGUUACAAAUUCACAGAAAUGUAUAAGAAUUAGUGGAAAACAUAAUGAUCUCAGUAUAGUUGGAAAUGAUAGUUAUCAUCACACAUUUUUUGAAAUGUUGGGAAACUGGUCCUUUGGAAGUUAUUUUAAGAAAGAAGCUUGUCAUUAUGCUUGGAAUUUAUUAACAAAACAUUAUGGUAUUAAUGAAGAAUUUUUAUAUGUAACAUAUUUUGGUGGAGAUGAAAAAUUAGAAUUAAUGCCAGAUUUAGAAUGUAAAGAUAUUUGGUUAAGUAUUGGUGUUAAAAAAGAUAAAGUUCUCCCAUUUGGAUUAGAAAAUAAUUUUUGGGAAAUGGGUAAUUCGGGUCCAUGUGGUCCUUGUACAGAAAUACAUAUAGAUCAUACAAAGCAAUUAAAAAAUCGGUGGAUACAAGUUAAUAAAGGUUUUACAGACCUUACAGAAUUAUGGAACAUAGUUUUUAUACAAUAUGAACGUUUACCAAAUGGCACAAUGGUAUCUCUACCCAAACAUUAUGUUGAUACAGGCAUGGGAUUUGAAAGAUUAGUUGCAGUAUUACAAGGGACACAAUCCAAUUAUGAUACAGAUAUUUUUCAACCAUUUUUUGAAGCUAUUCAAAAAUAUACAAAAGUACCAAAAUAUGAAGGUAAAUUUUGUGAUGAUAAAGAUGGACUUGAUAAUGGAUAUAGAAUAUUGGCAGAUCAUAGUAGAAUGAUUACUAUAGCAUUAACAGAUGGAAUGGUACCAGAACAAAGCAAUAAACUUAGGAAAAUAAUAAGAAGAUCGAUUGAUGUAGGUCAAAAUGUGUUUAAAAAACAAAGAAUUCUUAAUGAACUAUCAUAUAUUGUAGUAGAAAGUUUAGGUGAUGUUUAUCCAGAAUUACAAUACAACCUAAAAAAGGUGCAAAAAAUUAUAGAAUUUGAAGAAGAAUUAUAUAAAAAAUUACAGCAUACUUCUGGCAAACAGUGGAGACAAAUUAUUGAAAUAUACCCGCAAUUAAAAUUAAUUACUGACAAGUUGGCUCCAGGACUUAAAGAUGGAUAUAAGUACCUUCAGAAUUCGCUUAAUGAUCUAAAAGUAACUAAGGUAUUAUCAGGAAGUAUUGCUUUUAAACUGUAUGAUACCUAUGGUUUAAGCAUAGAAACAAUACAUGAACUAGCAAAAAUUGAAUCUUUGUAUUUUGAUGAAAUAGCUUUACAAAAAGAACUAAAAAAUCUUCAAAAUCGAUCAAGGAUUGGCCUUGAAACAAAUGAUUUAACAGUUAUAAAAAAGUCUUUACAAACAUUAGAAAAAAAUAAUGUACCUAAAACUGAUGAUAGCUUCAAAUAUAAAUAUGUCCUUAACGGAAAUAAUUAUGAAUUUCCUAAAACUAAAAGUAAAAUUCUGGCAUUAAUUAUAAAUGGCAAUAUAGUAUCACAAAAAACAAAUGAAAGUGCAAACAAAAAUAUCUCUUCAACUGUUAAUGAUAUAAUUAGAAAGUACGGUGCUGAGUUAGGUAAAAGUGAGAUUGGAAUUAUAUUGGAUAAAACAUCAUGUUAUUCGUUAGAAGAUGGCCAAACAUCAGAUAAGGGUUUCAUUUCUAUAAAAAGUUUGAAUUUUAAUGUAACUAAUGUGAAAAAAAUUAAUGGAUAUGUCAUUCAUUAUGGAAAUUUUUUACAAACUGAUUUGAAUAAAUGGAUGGAACAAUUAAAGAUUGGAGAUAAUUGUUUGGUUUCCAUUGAACCUGAAUUUCGUAUACAAAUAAUGCAACAUCAUACUGCAAUGCAUUUAUUACAUGCAGCAAUACAGCAAAUUUUUCAAGCAGUAUAUCUACGCACUUCUACUAUACUUCCACACAUUUUAAAAUGUCAAUUUAAUUCAUUUGGAGACAAACUCUCUCUUAAACAAUUGAAAGAAAUUGAAGAACUUAUAAAUAAUGUUAUAAGAGCUGAUGUUCCAGUUACCACAAAAAUACUGAAUGCUUUGGAAUUAUUAGCAGAAAAAUCUGUAACAUUAAUACCGGGAGAAAUUUAUCCUUAUAAGGAUAUUAGAAUUAAAGAAAUUAAUUUUCAAAAUUUAAAAUCAACAGAAGCAUGCUGUGGUACACAUGUAUUGAAAACUGGAGAAUUGGGAUAUUUUUGUUUCCUUAACUAUUCCUCAAAAGGAGCAGCAAAUAUAAAUAUUACAGCAACUGUAGGAUCACUUGCAAUAUCUGCUAAAUUAGCAGGUAAAAAUAUACAGGAUAAAAUUUUGGAUUUAGAAAAUAAAUUAAAAACUGGAGAUGAUAUACAUAAAAUAUUUAAAACAAUUAGUAAGACGAUUGAGAGUGAAAUAAAAAAUACUACUGAAAUACCAAUACCAUAUCUUAUAAAAGAAGAAUGUUUGAUGAAAUUAAAAGAUUUAAAUGAAAUUGUUCAAAUGCAAAUAAAAGAAAUGCAAAAGUAA